UCCCCUCCCGCCCCUGCUCGCCCCUGCGCUGGCCCCGCCUAAGCGCUCCGCUGUUGGCCCGAGGGAGGAGCGUCGGCCGGGCACUGGCAGCAGGGGCGGAAGGAGGAGGCGGCGGAGGCAGGCGGGCGCCCGCUCCCAGGACCAGCGGGAGACGUCGCGGCCUGGCUGCCCGGGCUCAGGGCAGGGCAAUGUCGGCAGCAGAACAGCGACCGACAGAGGCUUCUCCAUCACCCAAUUCCUCCGGCUCUUCUGAGGUAGUAGAAACGGAGGCAGGAAACAAAUACGAGCCUGUUUCCCCCCACUGGUUUUAUUGCAAGGUGGUGGAUUCCAGAGAGAAGUGGAUCCCCUUCAGCGGACAAGAUUCGGAGAAGCUAGAAAAUGCCCAUCAAUCCAGUAAGCACUGUGAGGAGCUGGUGGUUCCAACAGAAGGGGGCCGAUAUGACGUGCACCUGAAAAAGAGGCUGCGCUAUGCCGUUUACUGGGAGGAAGUUGAAUCUGAAGUGAAGCGCUGCACUUGGUUUUACAAGGGAGACAAGGAUAACAGAUAUAUCCCGUAUUCGGAAAACUUCAGUGAACAGUUGGAGGAGACGUAUAUGAUUUGUGUCACUCUAGAUGAGUGGAAAAAGAAACUGGAGUCUCCGACCAGAGAAAUAAUCAUAUUGCAUAACCCAAAGCUGAUGGUACAUUACCAUCCAGUAGCAAUCUCGGAUGACUGGGGUUCAAGCCCCACAGAGCAAGGCCGACCGAGAACUGUGAAGAGAGGAGUGGAAAAUAUUGCUGUUGAAAUUCCCAAUGGAGAGCCUCUGCAGAUAGAUCAUUUGGUUUUUGUUGUUCAUGGAAUUGGACCAGCCUGUGACAUCCGGUUCCGAAGUAUUGUGCAAUGUGUCAAUGACUUCCGCAACGUUUCCUUGAGCAUGCUGCCUGCACACUUCAAGAAAGCCCAGGAGCAGCAACAGAUUGGCCGGGUUGAAUUCCUCCCAGUGAACUGGCACAGUACUUUACACACCGGGGUGGACGUAGACUUGGAAAGAAUCACUUUGCCGAGCAUCAACCGCCUGCGUCACUUCAUCAAUGACACUAUCCUGGACGUCUUCUUUUAUAAUAGCACCACUUACUGCCAAACCAUUGUUGACACCGUUGCUUCGGAAAUGAACCGGCUCUACCUGCUCUUCUUGCAGAGGAACCCCAACUUCAAAGGCGGGGUCUCCAUAGCAGGGCACAGCUUAGGAUCGCUUAUAUUGUUUGAUCUCCUCACAAAUCAAAAAAGCACAUCUGAGGAAGAAGAUAAAAAUGAGGCACCCCAAGCACUAGCAACCAGUCAAGAAGCCUUUGAGUCAGUGAAUGACAUAUUGAAAGACCUGGAGCUUUCUGAAUAUUGCUCUGUGUUUGAGAGGGAGCAAGUGGACAGACGAGCACUGGCCUUGUGCACUGAAAAGGAACUUAAAGAGAUGGGAAUUCCUUUGGGACCUAGAAUGAAAAUCCUGCACUAUUUGAGGAACAAGUGUCGCUAUCAGGUUUGUAAAGGGCAGACACUUGCAGCUCCUGGGGAAGAUGGAGAUGCCAUGCAGGAGAAUGUUGUAAAAGCCACAAAUGAAGAGACAUGUUUCCGGCGUCUGGAUGUUGUUAUGGGGCAGGUCUCUGCAAAUUACCCUCAGCUGAUCUACAAACCUCAGAUCUUCUUUGCCUUUGGCUCCCCGAUUGGGAUGUUUCUCACUGUUCGAGGAGUGAAACGGAUUGAUCCAAACUACAGCCUGCCUACCUGCAAAGGAUUCUUUCAUGUCUUCCAUCCUUUUGAUCCAGUAGCCUACAGGAUUGAACCCCUGAUUGUUCCGGAUGUGGAAUUUGAGCCCAUGCUGCUUCCUCAUCACAAGGGCAGGAAGAGGAUGCAUUUAGAGCUCAAGGAGGGCCUCACACGGAUGAGCACAGACCUCAAAAACAACCUGCUGGGCUCUUUGAGGAUAGCCUGGCAGUCCUUCACCAGGACUCCGUUGCCGGCGGUGGAGGCAGCAGCCCCUGGAGACACGGAGCACGGACUGGAAGCUGAAGCUGGCUCAGAGAAGCAAACGGAGGGAAAACCUGAGGACCCAGCCACGCCAGUGAAAGAAGAGCCUCCUCCCAUCAACGUGGGAAUGCUGAACGGAGGCCACCGCAUUGACUAUGUGCUGCAAGAGAAGCCGAUUGAAAGCUUUAACGAGUAUCUGUUUGCACUGCAAGGCCAUCUUUGCUACUGGGAAUCGGAGGACACAGUGCUGCUACUGCUGAAAGAGAUUUACCAGACAAAGGGCAUCAAUAUGGACCAGGCUCUCUUAUAAUGGCAAACUGACGAGCUGCACCGGUCUGGUUAGCAAAUAUUUACUCCUGUGCGGAAAAUCAUCGGGACUUCCUGUUCACCGUUCACCACCUUCUCUCUCUCAUCUGUUGCUGAGCUGCCCAGCAUGCUUCACUUCCCAUUGCCUGGAGCACUGGAGGAUUUCCCGCCCACAUCCUGUGCAAGGGAAGGGCUUCCAGAGCUUUAGUUCUUGCCGAUCAGACUCCUGGUGUUCCCUGACUAUCUGGACUCUAUCCUCUAGCUAGAGGAUACACACAAGUACAGAUAGGAGAGAGCAUGCUUAUGUCCCGAACAGGAACGGAGUGCUCAACUGUCAUCUUUGUAGGAAGAGGGAUGCAAGAGCGUCACUAUGGAGACUGUGGACCAGUUCACAGGUGCCAGGUCUCAGAGGUCAUGUUACGUGAAGGAGAUCUCUGUUGGAGAUGGGCACAGGGUCGAAUAGUCAUGCCAUCAUAUGACCAUAUGCCCAGCCGUAAUUGCUGGGCGAAUAGCAAUUCGCUUUCCGAUGCCACAGAACAGGGGCUAUAUUAGUUCAGCCCCCUUGGAGCUCACUCAGUGUGACAUCGCCACUCUCCUGUACCAGGGUUUCUAACUGAAGAGGAGAUGUGACGUUCUAGCACCGAUUCCUAGUGAUGUCUAGUGCACAUCUAGACUGCUGGUAUUGCAACUUCUCUCACACACACAAACACACACACUCUCAUUCCUCUAGCCAGGGGAUAGUCACACACUCACACAUCCCUCUCUAGCCAGAGGGUAGUCGCGCAUGUGCGCGCACGCCCGCCCCUCUCUAGCUGGAGGAGAGUUGUGGGCCGCGCCCGCCCUUUCUGGCCCCGGCGGGCCCUGCCCGCCCCCUCUGGCCCCGGCGGGCCCAAGUAAUUCCUGUUCUCCUGCAGUUAGCACUCUGGCAUUAGCCCUGCAUGCCCCACAGCAGCCCUGUUGCAUAGUUUCUCCCCAGGCGAGCCUCUGCCAGACACGUUUGGACCACUCUAAUCUAAGGCAUUAUCUACCUUAGUUAGGGCUGCACAACUUCAAAAUCUCCAGGUGUGUGUGGACUACAACUCCCAUGAUCCCCAGCCACAGUGGCCAGUGGUUGGGGAUGCUGGGCGUUCUAGUCCAAGGUCUGCAGGAGGGCUGAAGUUGUGCUGCUUAGGUUUUGUUCUCUAAAUCGCUUUAGCAUACACUGGGUUCUCCGAUGUUGUCGACCACUCCUAUCACACCCACCCCUAAUGGCCUUCAGGACACCCCCAUUUCAGAGCCCAUUAUGGCAGUAGAGACCAACCUUUGUCCUGUGCACAUCCCACCCAGGCAGGCAGUCCCUUCUCGCCAAAGAGGCCCAGGAGGCAGGGUGCCCAGUUGGCAGUCGGGAGACACACUCCAGGUUGACACCGUGCCUUCCCCUUGUCCCACAGUCAGCAUUUCCUGUAACGGGUUCUUGGAUGCUCUUGGCCACAACACUCUUCAUCCCCAGCUGCAUUCAACCACCUCGCCUCACCCACCAGACCUGCAGCCGUAGUUCUGAGCAGUGCCAUUUGGGAUGACCAAGUUCUGGAUGAGAACCUCCGUAGUAGUGGUGGACAUAAGAAGAGGCUGGUCUUGGCUGGUCAGAUCACAAAUGGCUGUUGGAAAUUUAUGCACUUUGUAAAAUAUGUCUAUUUUAAAAAUGGUAUUUAAGUUUUUCCAGUAA